AUGAAGUGCGUGUUCUUAGGCAAGGGGUCGUAUGCUAAAGUGUACAGGCUCGUGUUCAACAAGGACCAGAGUGUGGUGAUAAAAGUGAGUAAGAACAAGGGGAGCGAGAUAUACGCCGAGUAUACGAUCCUCUCGGUUUUGAGGAAAUGCGGAAUAAGCGAGGGUAUACCCCAGUGCCUGAGUAAAAUAGCUUUCGACAAGGGCGCGGCGAUAAUAUUUGCCGACUCGGUGAGUAGGCCCCUAGACCGGAUACUAUAUCACGACAAGAGCUCGAUAAACUUUAGAAGCGUUUUUAAGCAAGUGUUUCGCACGUUACACGCGUGCGUGCAAAAAUGCAAUGUCUUUCACUGUGACAUAAAGCCAAACAACGUCGUAGUGAACGCCGACAUGCAGUGUACGGUCAUAGACUGGGGCGGUGCCUACCUGGCUCCCGCUAUACACAAACCGAGCGUUUCGGAUCCGGCUGCCGUUAGGACGACCAUGGCGUAUUCGUCACCGGAGGUCGUGGCCAUAUAUUGCGGCAGCCGCAAGACGAGUUACAAUCCGGAACUCCUCAUGACAUGGAGCCUGGGAGUCUUUCUGUACGAACUUUAUUUCCGCAAAAUACUCUUUCAACGACCCAAAGAAGAGCUGCUUCCCAGUGGAAUAGUCGGGGCCUCCAAGGAAACGAUUCAGAUGUAG